UACUUUUCAGCCCCCCGCUCUAGAUAAUAGACAAUGUCAGACACGCAGCUCAACGUUAUCACCGUCCGCGUCAUCAAAAACUUCGAGUACCGCACGUGCAAGAACCUCAUUCUGAAGGUUGACUUGGCAAACACAACCAUCGCAGAGCUCAAGGACCUCUGCCGGCAGAAGAUCCAGACUGAGGCUGGCUUCAAGCCCUACCGCAACGUUGAGCUCGACACCCUGAAGAUCUAUACCCAGGCGUUCGGCCACAAAACCCAGAACCUGAUCAUCAACCUCGAAGACGAGGGGUUCUUGCGGGACGAGCUGGCCACUCUCGAGUUUGCCGGUAUCCGCAACGAGACCGAGCUGUCGUUCUUCAACAUGGAUGCCUACAUGGCAUACGCCAGGGAUCCGAAGAUGGCAUGGUAGACCAGAUGCUUGUUAAACAGAUAUAGGAUAUGCAUAGCUAAAGAAUAAAACUUAAAAUG